CAUGAUUAUCAAAAUUGAGAGCAAACUAAUGGAACACACUAAGGAAAAUGGAACACUAGGAUGGAAUGAAAGUGAUGAUGAUUUAAAGUUGCAUAAUUUGCUAGUCGAACUUAAUGCACCUUAAAGAGCAAUAACAUUUUAAGACAAUAAUCCUCCAACAUUAGGAUGGUGUAGAGAAAAUCAAAAGAAUAUCUUGAUUACUAUUGAGCCCAGGAGAUAAAUUGGGGAUUUCUUAUUUAAAUACACACAUUAUUCAUAUGAUAUUAGUGGUCAAGUAAAUUAUAAUUUAGAUCCUUUAGAGGAUGUGAAAAAUGGGGAUUUGCUUAACGGCAAGAUUUGGAACCCUUUUUUAGAAAUUCACUUAUAUUCAGAAAAUGCUUUAAAGUAAAAACUGAAAUAAAAACUUCCUUUCGUAACAGACAAAUAUAACGACUAUAGUCAUGUCAAAAAAAGAUUUAAACAGUUUAAUACUCAUUGCAACAAAAUGCCUAACUUUGUUCUGGCUGAUUAUGUGGAUCAGGGAAACCCUUCUAAGACAAUAGAUGAAGCUAAUGAUAUAAUCAAUAAACAUGGUUGUUUUAAACCUGAAUUAUUGUGAAAU